CGAUCCAAGGAUAGUUGCGCGCGAUGAGGAAGGCCGGUGGAUCUCACGGCGCGCGUUUCGUCGCGAUCGCGUCCCUCCUUUUGCUCGUCGUUCUCGCGUUCGUCGAUGCGUCGGUGAUCCAUCGGCAGAAACGAGAAUUCGUGAUCCCGGACUGGAUCGAGAUCGUGGACGAGCCAGUCCAAGCGGAAAACUCGAAGACGAUUCAAAGAGCGGUUCGAGUGAGGGACGCGAAGGUAACUUACGAUGGGGCACAGGUCUGGAGGGUUCGAAGUUCCGAGGGACAGAAGGACCUGCUGUCGAACGUGACCACGGACUUUCAGGACACUGGAUUACCAUCGUUAUGGACGAGAAACGACACAACGGUGGACGUGAUGGUUCGAUUGGAAGAGAUUCCAAGAUUGUCUCGCUACUUGAAACAGAAGGAUCUAGAGUACCAGGUAGUGAUCGAGGAUUUGCAGAAGGCGAUCGACGAAGAAAAUCCAUCGCUUUCCGAGCAGGAGAUGGAGGAACUGGAAGGUCGCAAAGCUCGUUACGCUUGGUGGCAGGGAGUCGCGAGGGUGCCAAGUAUAUAUUCACGUCCUCGUCCUCUUCGUUAUCCUGUAGCUAGCGCACACGGUGUCGGUGGCCAUUGGCACUUUAGGGGUCAUCGAAUGGAAUGGAGCAGUUAUCAUCGACUCGAGGACAUCCACGGGUACAUGGAUUAUCUCGCUGAGACUUUCCCCGACGUUUGCUCUGUGGUCAGCAUUGGUAAUUCUGUUGAGGGAAGACCUCUUAAGGUUAUAAGAAUCAGCAACGGGAAAGCGAACGCGCCAGCGUUGUGGAUCGACGGCGGGAUCCAUGCUCGAGAAUGGAUCUCCCCGGCAGCGGUGACUUACAUCAUUAAUCACUUGGUUGAAAAUAGCGAGGACCUCGAGGCUGAUUACUAUAUUCUUCCGGUGGCGAAUCCUGACGGGUACGAGUACACGUUCACGAGAGACCGUUUAUGGAGAAAGAACAGGAAACGGUCUGUCGGUAGCCCGUGCACCGGAGUCGAUCUCAAUCGAAACUUUGGUUAUCGAUGGGGUGGCUUGGGAACUAGCAAGGACCCUUGUCGUGAAAUAUACGCUGGCUCGGGACCGUUCUCCGAACCGGAAACCAACGCCAUUCGAUACUUCUUCGAAGCUAGUGCUGCUAACUUUAAAGCGUAUCUGACGUUUCACAGCUACGGCCAGUACAUUCUGUAUCCAUGGGGCUACGACAAACGCGUCCCGCCCGAUUACGCCGAUCUCGAAAUGGUUGGGAAGCAAGUGGCAGCGGCGAUAAAGAAAGCAGGGGGCGCCAACAGCGUUUACACGGUUGGAAACAGCGCUACCACGCUUUACGCAGCUUCCGGCGGCUCGGACGACUGGGCGAAAGCUAUUUUGAAAAUAAAGUACGCUUACACGAUAGAACUGAGAGACACUGGCAAGUACGGUUUCGUUUUGCCAGCACGUUACAUAACACCGACAGCUAAGGAAGCGUUGGCUGCGGUCAUGGUCGUCACGGAAGCUUGCAAAUCGUUGUAAUUAUUAAGUCACGGCGUAAUUGUACGAAUCAAUUGCUAUCGACAGGCGAUCGAGAUGUACGUACGACGUAUCUGUAAUGUUUAAACUGUAAUUACUUAGCGGAUAGGACGAGCGGCGAUUAACGAACGUUAUUAUUUAUUGAAUAAAACACGUUAACAAUCA